UCCAUGGCCGAAACCCUGUCUGAACCCUUCGAAUCCGAGCCCUCCCUCCAAUUCCUGCGGGCCAGACGCCAUUAGUUUCAUCAGAAAGCAACUCUUCACUUUCCUUCUACAACAGAGUCCUAGAAAUUUCAUCUUCAAACGUGUACGCAACAUCUUCUAAUUUGAUCUACACUUGUCCGUUUUAAAUUUCAUUUUCUGUGUUUGUUUUUGAAUGAGCUCGAUUGCUUCUCUUUAAUGGCUCUUUCGAUUUCCACAUCUGUUUUUUCUGCUACUCUCAUUACAUCCUCCUUAAAUGAUGUAAAAUCUCUCAGAAUAGUUCCUUCUUUAAUUGCGGCGGAUCGGAACCCUAAUUUUCCGUUGAGGAAAUUGCAUGGUAGGGCAUCGGGUAUUAGGCCUGUUCGUGUGGCUGCGCCUCCAACGGUGCCAUCGACGGCAGAAUCCGAGACAUCUGAGGCGGUGAAUUCGGAUGAAGUGGAAGUGGAUGAAUCGGGCAAUGAGAGCUCGUCUUCGCCGUUUUCUUGGAGGGAUAAUUGGUACCCUGUUUCUCUGAUUGAAGAUUUGGACCCUGCUUUGCCAACCCCGUUUCAGCUUCUGGGAAGAGAUAUUGUUCUUUGGUUUGAUAAAUCAAGAGGCGAGUGGGUUGCUUUUGAUGAUAGAUGUCCUCAUCGUCUUGCUCCUUUGUCUGAAGGGCGGAUAGAUGAAGGUGGCAAUUUGCAGUGCUCAUACCAUGGAUGGUCCUUUGAUGGGUGUGGAUCAUGUGUUAAAAUCCCCCAGGCAUCAUCAGAAGGCCCAGAAUCUAGGGCUCAUCAGUCACCUAGAGCAUGUGCUACAAGGUUCCCUACUCUGGUGUCACAAGGCCUCCUCUUUGUUUGGCCUGAUGAGAAUGGUUGGGAAAGAGCCAAUGCCACCACACCUCCAAGGCUCCCUGAUGACUUUGAUAAGCCCGAGUUCUCGUCAGUUACGAUUCAGCGGGAUCUAUUUUAUGGUUACGAUACACUAAUGGAGAAUGUCUCAGAUCCUUCCCACAUAGAUUUUGCUCAUCACAAGGUUACAGGGAGGCGGGAUCGAGCAAAACCUUUACCUUUCAAGUUGGAUUCUAAUGGUCCUUGGGGAUUUUCUGGAGCAAAUAAGGGUAACCCAAGGAUCAGUGCCAAGUUUGUUGCUCCUUGUUACUAUAUCAACAAAGUGGAGAUUGACACAAAGCUUCCUUUAAUUGGCGAUCAAAAAUGGGUAAUAUGGAUUUGCUCCUUCAAUGUGCCAAUGGGUCCAGGAAAAACUCGUUCUAUUGUAUGUAGUGCUCGAAAUUUCUUCCAGUUUUCAAUGCCUGGUCCUGCUUGGUGGCAGGUGGUUCCUCGGUGGCAUGAGCAUUGGACAUCAAAUAAGGUAUAUGAUGGAGACAUGAUUGUUCUUCAGGGUCAGGAGAAGAUAUUUUUGUCGAUGGAAGGUUCAACAGAUGUAAAUAAAGAAUACACUAAAAUAACAUUUACACCAACACAAGCGGAUCGUUUGGUGCUAGCAUUCCGAAGUUGGCUGAGGCGGCAUGGAAAGGGCCAACCUGAAUGGUUUGGGGCUAGCAGCAACCAGCCUCUGCCAUCAACAGUUCUAUCUAAACGUCAGAUGCUGGACAGAUUUGAGCAACACACACUCCAUUGUUCAUCAUGCAAAGGAGCUUAUAACACAUUUCAGACACUGCAAAAGCUGCUAAUUGGUGCAACUGUAAUUUUUGCAGCCACCGCCGGCAUCCCUUCUGCUUUGCAGAUACGUGUUCUUCUCGCUGCUUUUGCACUCGCAAGUGCCGGUUUGGCUUACGCUCUGUUUGAACUUCAAAAGAAUUUUGUGUUCAUUGAUUAUGUUCAUGCUGAGAUUGAUUAGCAGAUAUCAUUUGCGAGCGAGAGUGGAAAAAAAAUGUUGUGUAGAGAUGGAACAUUCUUACCAAGUAAUGUAUAGUUUUACCAAGGGUUCAUAGUUGAAUAGUUCAUAACAAAAAUUAGAGAUGAAUCUAUCUUUUUGUAGUCUAUGGGAUUUCUGUGAUAGUUAUGUUAAUCCUAUUUUUAUUACCUCUAUAA